AUGAUGAAUAGGACUUUUGAGUUUCUUGAAAAUAAAUCAGGAGAGCCUUACAGACUUCAGACAAAUGUAUAUGCAAGUGUGACACUGGGAAAGGGCAAGAGUGAGCAAAGAAUUCAUCUUUGGUUUGAUCCCACCAAACAUUUCCACUCCUUUGGCGUUCUGUGGACUCCUCAACUUAGAUUUUUCAUGGUCGAUGCUGUGUCAAUCAGAGUGUUUAAGAAUAACAAGGCAAUGGGUGUUUCAUAUCCAGAUAAUCAAGUCAUGGAAGUAUAUUCAAGCCUAUGCAAUGGAGAUAGCUGGGCAACUCAAGGAGGUCUUGUGAAGAUAAAUUGGUUUCAUGCUCCAUUUAUUGCUACAUUCUGCAAUUUCCAACACAUAAUUUAUUCAAUGAGAGAUAUGGAAAAGAUGCGAGAAGUCAUAUUGAAAGAAACAUCACACGGUUUAUGA